UCUCUCUCUCUCUCUCUCUUUCUGCUCGUCUCCUCCUUCCCGUUACGGGCUCCAGCCUCCUUCCCUUCAUUCUGGUAAGUGUAGCCGAAUCUCUCUGUUUCUCUCUCUGUCCAUAUCCCAAUAUAACAGAAUCCUUCUCGUCGCCGGGUCGAAAUGCUCGUGGUCCGGGCGAAUACCAGGCCCAGCGUGGGGUGCCUACAUAAUCCCCCGCCCUCUUGUAACGCCAGUUUUAUCUCACUCUCCCUCCCAUUUUCUCUCGCUUAUCUAUUUCACGCACGAACGGAAGACCGAAUCUAAGGACAACAAGAGAAGCGAGGAGCUCUGCUUAACUGGGUUGAAGCAUGGGAUUAUAGAAUUGAGAUACCCGAGUUUUCUGCCAUUUUCAUUGCCCAAAAAUGAAGCUAAACUUCACACGUGCAUGUUGUCCCUCUAAUUUCUCGACUUUUAUUAAACCCUCUCUUUGUACCAAUCUCCAUCGGCCCCUCUGCUCUUCUUCAUUGUCAUCCUCGCAUACAUCUUUAAAACCUCAAAUUCCGCUCUUUCUAAGACCACCAAUGCAUUCAGCGACCGUUUCUGACCUCCAAAAGUGGCAUGAUUGGGCCAAAGGCCUUGCUUCUUCAGUUGGGACAACGUUCCUGGACAGUGACAAUGGCCCUGAUUCCAGCCUGUUGUGCAGGGAGCUUAAGUGGCUCGUGGAAGAUACAAUUGAAGAUAACUCAGUACUUUCGCAAAUGAGUAUUGAAAACGGUAAAAGAAGUGUAAGAUUAAGGGCCUGCGUAGAGGAUCUUUACAAUAUGUGGAAGCAGCGGAUUGAAGAGAGGAAGCCUUUUCAGUACAUAGUUGGGUGUGAGCAUUGGAGGGACUUGGUGUUAAGCGUCCAAGAAGGGGUUUUGAUUCCAAGACCUGAGACUGAACUCAUUGUUGACUUGGUGGCUGAUGUGGUUUCAGAAAAUGAAGAUUUAAGAGAAGGGUUGUGGGCAGAUUUGGGUACUGGAAGUGGUGCACUUGCUGUUGGAAUUGGAAGGAUUCUGGGGAGUCGUGGGAUGGUUAUUGCAACAGAUUUGAACCCGAUCGCCCUGUCAGUGGCGGCUUUUAAUUUGCAGAGGUAUGGUUUGCAGGAUAUAAUUGAAUUAAGGCAAGGAUCAUGGUUUGAACCAUUGAAGGAUGUGGAAGGAAACAUUGCAGGUAUUGUAAGUAAUCCACCGUACAUACCAAGUGACAAUAUUUCUGGGCUACAAGCUGAAGUUUGUAGACAUGAACCGAAGCUUGCAUUAGAUGGUGGUCUCACUGGCAUGGAUUAUCUUUUUCAUCUUUGCAACGGGGCUGCUUCAAUGUUGAAACCUGGUGGAUUUUUCAUUUUCGAGACAAAUGGUGAGCAGCAGUGCAGGUGUCUGAUAAAGUACUUGGAAAGUGAUCUCAGAGGCAGCUUCUGCAAUGUGGAUAUAGUAUCCGAUUUUGCUGGCAUUCAACGAUUUCUAAUCGGAUUCCGUCAACAACAAACUUGAUUGGUAAUAAUCUUGUAUUGUAUGUUUGCCAUGGAGUAGGUAGAAACAAGAAGUAAAAAAAAAAUAUGGUAGCUGUACUCCAUGGCAAUAAGCCAUCUCACACCUAUGAAAUUUGGAGGCUUAUCGUUGUGAACUUUACAUGACUCCCUUUCUCACUCUCUUGGGUUCCACUGACUCUGUAGAGGGUCCUCAUCUGAAUUGUGCUGUGUUGAAGGUUGAAAUCGUGAAACUUCUAACGCCCAAACACACCACAUGCACAGGGUGUUGGCUUAAAAAGUAAAAUGGCUAGGGCGAUGCUUGUGUGUGAUAA